UUGGCCAAAGGGCAGGUGUGGCCAAUCAGUGUCCUAUAAAAAUGACCAGUUCUGUCCUGUCAAGCUCAGAGAUCAGAGGACUCCAACAACCUCCAGAUUCAGCCUACCUGCUGACCAAACAACACCAGCCACACCUCUCUGGGCCACGACUCCAGCUCUCCAAGCCUCUUUCCAGUCAUGGCGUCCCUACGGUGGUCUGCCUCUACGUUGUUGGCUUCAUUGAUCCUUCUUUACUGGACGACGUCCUCCGCUUGGUCACAUUCCUCCACCGACCGUUCAGCCCUCCACAGGAUCGCGAGAGACCUGGAUUUCGAGACUAGACAGAAAACAGAAAAAGUCCUGGAAACUGCAACAAACUCAUUGUCUCUACUUAACGAUGUGAUGGGAAAGAUUGACACAAAUAGCUUGAAAAGUAUGAUGAAGAACCUUGCCAACUUUGCCAGUUUGGCGCCUGGCGUCGGAGCUGUGAUCUCCUCUGUCAUCAACAUGGCUUUGGUCUUCAUCCCGCAAGAAGACCCAGUGCUGACCAAGCUGGAGCAAGGGUUUGCUGAGGUGAACAGCAAACUGGACUCUCUCUCCACCCAGAUCUCUGACCUGGCCACGGACGUGGAAUGGUUCAACUACGUCAGCGUCUACUCUCAAAACGAAGUCCGCAUCCUCAACACCUGGAGGAAGUUUGUAGAGUUAAAAAGGCAUGGGUUCAAAAACUUCAAGCCCUCGGCCCAGAUCUUUAAAGACUACUAUAAGGACACGCAAACCGAGGCCAGUGUGGACGCCCUUUACCUUUACCUGACAGGCAAAACCAUGAUCCUCGGCAAAAACCUCAACGACCUGCUGAAGAGCAAGUUUAAAUGUGACUUAAAUGAGAUCAACAAAUAUAACUUUUAUCUCAGUAGUUUGCUGUGGAAGGGGUUGGUACUCAAAGAGGUUUACGGGAAACUGAUUGACAGCACAUCAGACAAAGAAGCUGAACAUGCCCAGAUGUUGAAGAGCCUCUAUGAAGUUCAGCGGGCAGCUAUGGAGUACUGCAUAGACAACAGUGAGGAGCAAAUGAAGAAGGACGUUAAGGACAUCGGGACAGCGCACAUUUCUGAAGAAAAGACCGCCGUUGCUGAGAAAGUGAAAAAUGCUCUGGACAAGAAGUACAGCUGGUACAACUGGGUGGUGCUGGUGUACGACAAAAAGCAGGAAGAUGAUAAAUAUAUAUAUGUAUAUGAUAUGACUAAGAUCCCCAUAUCAGACCAGAUCAUCGUGGCUGUUACCUACACCCUGAAAGCAGACUCAGACUCAGAAAAUGUUAAAAAAAUAGUCCAAGAAUGCUUUAGCAAAAAACCACAAUGUGAUCCCAGAUGCAGUUUUUUUCCUUGGGAAACGUAUGGUGGACUUAGCGAUGAUAUACGUGUUACAGAUUACGCCAAACUAACACAUGCGGCCUACAACUACGAAUUUGCAGAACUCCCACCACCAGUUGAUCGAACAGGUUGUUCAGUGGGUGACUAUCGAUACAAGAUUUCCGUGCAUGUCUCCACGAAGACGCCUGUUUGCCAACAUAACCCAUGUCAGAACAAUGGUCAGUGCAAGCAGCUGCUGAAAUCCAAUGAAUGGCUGUGUGUUUGUCAAGAUGGUUACUUUGGCGACACGUGUGAAACGAAAGUGAACACAACCAUGACCCUGACGGUGUAGACGAGUCUAUCAGCAUCACAAAAGCCAGACUGAAAAUCAUUGCAUCCAAACUGGACCACAUGGUCCACAGAUGUCACGGUUGAUAUUAGACUUCUGCAAAUGACAGACGACAACAUAGACGACUUAAUUCCAACUGAAAACCGAAACUCAAGUGACUGAACAGCUCAGAAUGGCACUGUGGAGAAUGAAAUGAUGAAGAUGGAAGCAACUGCUCAUCUACGGUCCAAGCAAACACAAAAAUCCAGCAGAAGUUCUUUUUAGAACCAUCAGAUGGCACCAAAGUAAAAUAGCACCUAUGGCACAUGUGUCAGGCUCCAGUCCUCGCGGGCCAAAACCCCUCAGACUUCAGCACACUGCCUCAUUAAACACACCUGAUUCAGCUCAUCAGCUAAUAGCAAGGCCUUCAUUAACUGAACUGAGAGCUGUAAAUGCUUAACUCUGCAGCACUUUGGCCCAGAAGGUCACCAGUUUGACAUGGCUGGCCUAUAGGCUGCUGUUUACUAAUGCCUGCGUCAUAACAACUGUUAGAAGCUGAUAAUGUCAGAUGCUGUGCUUUUAGCUUAUUUUGCUGCCCCAACGUGGCCAAAGCAUUUUACAGAUAAAACCUUGAUAUUGUAAAUCAUGACACAUCAUGUCAAAGAUCAUAAAUCUGUGAAUCUAAUUUGCUAUUGGCAUCUGCUCAUAUUUCUUAUAAUUAACAGAUAAAAAUAUAAAACAGUGACACAAAGAUUCUUCACAAAUUUCAAGUUUCAAUGCAAAACGAUUGUAUUUACUAAGUAAUGGUGGUGUCUGAUAAACGUUUAAAGUAAUUAAUGCUAAAAUUUUGGUCAUUUGGCUAAAAAACACAUAAUUUCAUCAAUCGUUACAAUCAAGUUUCACCUUAUUUUCUUCCUCCUCUCCCUUCAUUUUGUUCAGAGUGCCAAAAUUAAGAAUGGAAAAAAAUGAAGAGUAGUAAGAAAUAUUUGCUAAUAUUCAGUGUGUUUUGCUUAUUACUGUGCUGUAGCAAAUCUGAUCUCAAGUAAACCAGCAUUUUCUACUUAUUUCAAACUUUUGAACACUUAUCAGAGCUACUUCUUUCUAGACUUGAACCAACUCGUUUUAUGAUUUCUUGCUGCAUGGACAGAAUUUCACCACUAUUAAGUCAUUUUGAUCCUAGAAUGUGAAUGUGAUCCUAGAUUAUGUCAGAACCACUUAAGGAACAGAAGUCAAUUAUGAGUUGUCUCUAGAUUUUGCAGCAAAUCUUGGAGCUGGCAUGGGAAAGCUAUGUGAUCUCUUGAUGCAGUCUUGAUGACAAAUGUAAGAUGUCUACCUAAAACAUUAUAAAUGAUUAAACAUUUCUGAAUAAACUCUCAGUUUAAUUAUUAA